AUGAACCUUCUGGUUAUCCUUGCCUUGGUCGCAGCGGCCUCCUGUGCCGAACAUCUUCUCCCAAAGAAGUCUGUCGCAAUUGACAAGAACUCAGUUCUUGUACUUUUCGGAACUCGUCAUGGAAACCGUCAUCCAGAAGUCUUCCUUGAGGAGAACCCAAGAAGUUGGGGAUAUGAGGGAAAUACCGAGUUGACAUCUUAUGGAAAACGACAAGGACUCGGAUUGGGGAAAGAAUUGAGAAGCUUUGUUGGAAAAUUGAUCUCUCGUAACUAUAACUCAUCGCAAGUCAAAUACUACUCGAGUUCUGCUAACAGAUGUCAGAUGACUCUACAGACAGUCACUGCCGCUCUCCAUGAUCCAGAACAAUGGGGAGAUUGGGACAAGAAGUGGUAUGAUCACUGGUCUCCAGUCCCAUACGCUAUUGAUGAUCCACUUCUUCGUAUGUACGCUGUUAAGGAGUGCAAGGGAAAUGAUAAAGUCUGGGGACCAAUUGAUAAGGAUUCUCUUCCAACUCUCAAGAAACUCAAGACCUCAAACUCUGCUGAACUUAAAUACUUUGCUGACAACACUAAAUGGAACAUGGGAAAUCUUGGAAAGGCUGCUGAUUUGGCUGACAACUUGAUUGAAAUCGAUCUUUACAAAGCGGAAUACCCAUCAUGGAUCAAGUCACCAAAGCUCAAAGGAUACACUUUCGAGAAGCUGAAGGCAAAGAUUCUCGAGUUUGCUGAGGUUCACCAAAACGCUUGUGCUGAGUACGGACCAUGCGGAAACUUGAUGGCUGGAUAUUGGCUUCAAACUCUUUUGGACAAAGUGGCAGAUGCUAACGCUGGAAAGGGACCACAAGUCAUUGGAUACGCUUCUCACACCGAGAUCACAUUAUCUGUCAUGAAACUGAUGGGGUAUGUCAAGGACGAGUUGACCACUUCUGCUGGAUUCGUUGUUGAAUUCAAACGUCUUCCAAAACCAGCCGUUCGUCUUCUCAACCACGAUCCAAACCCAAUUGAUGAGCACGUCAUCUAUCCAGCUGAACUGACACCAAAACUGAAGAAGUUGGCUGAUAAGGAUGGAUUCAUUCCGUUGGAUGGAUUCACUGCCUUCGCCAAACAGUUCGCUUUCUCUGAUUGGAAAUCUCAAUGUGACAAGGCAUAA